ACAUAUAUCUGCCUGAUAGUAGGAUAUAUAACAGUCAAGACAAUCUCUUCCCAGAGGUCAUAUUCAACCUGGAAGUGUAUAUCCUGUCAUGGGCAUGGAAAUGGUGAUUAACAUUUAAAUGGGUAGGAAGAAGUUGGGUUUUUUAUGCUGUGAUUUUGUCUUAAUCUUGCUAUUCUUGUAAUUGGAAAACAUGAACUGUAUGACAUCUACAUUUUCUCUGUUGACUAUGGAUGAUGAUCCUUUACCAAUCCAAUCGACCCCCAUCAAUCUCCUCUUCCCCCUAAAUCUGUCGGCAUUGCAUUUAACAACAAACAUGAGAACACUUGAUCACAAUGCUGAACGUAGUAGGGGUUUCUAUUUCUGACAUAACAAGAAGCCCAGAGACGGAUGAAUAGUGCCUCAGUAGCUGCUGCUGUUCAGGCUGAUGCUUCUGAGAGUUUCCCAGUCCUUCCCCCUUGAGCAUGAAAGAGCUGCUACAUCUUUGAAGCAGGGAAAGAGGACAGAAGGAAGCAACAGUCACACCCUUCCCCUUCUUACUACCCUGCCUUCCCACAUGUAGUCGUCUGCCUUUGUCUGAUUGCUCAACAAAGAGGCCCCGCUUUUUCAGUCUCUAGAAAAUCUCAGCAAAAGAGUCAGGGUUUGGGAGUGGUUGUGGAUACAUCCAGCCUUUGGUGUCUGUCAUUCUAAGAAUAUCAAGUGAUUUUUAUCGUUCUUUGCAGGGGACUCUGAUUUUUCUGGGCUUGCAUCACCUCUAAAUCCUGGGCAUGGAUACAAGGCAAUGUUUCCAGCUGCAUUUGACUGGUGUCUUCUGUGAUCAUAUAACUCUUUCUGAAUUAUCACAGCUCUGUUCUGGGGGCGCAAGGGAGGGGGCAUGAAGCCGAGAAACUUUCAUUGAAACUUUCACUGAACAGCUUAUUUAUUGGACACCCACUUGAUGAGCAGAAAUGGGGAGCACUCUUUUUUACACCAACUUGAAGAAAAGGAAGAACAUUUAUUUUCUAAUAAAUUUCCAUAAUCAUUUUAUUUUUCUUUUAUAGAUUAACAGAAGCAUCUGAUUUUAAUGGAUUUGUGAGAUCUCUGUUUUCUGCUACAAAAUUGAGGCAUACAUCAGAGAAGCAGGAAAUUUUUAUUAAAGAUUCAAGAAAUCAGGGUAGUCUAUUUGUAAUUAGAACUCUUGAGAACAGGCUUGGAGUCAGCUUAUUAUCCCCCUGUGGCUUAAGGUGAGGAGCUUGGGAUGUGAGCCACAUUGCCUGGAUUUGAAUCUCUGCUCUACAAGAGCUGUGGCUUUGAGCUUUUGACUAAUGUCUCAACAUUUCUGUGCCUUAAUUUCAUCAUCUGUGAAAUGGGAUGACAAUAAUAUAAUAGCUACCUAAAAUGUGUGGAUUCAGUUAAUGCAUGAAAAGCUCUUAGUGUCCAACACAUAGAAAGUAGUUCAUACACAUUAGUUAUUAUUAUCAUUAGCGGUGAUGUCAGUAUUACAGGAGACCAUGAAAGUGCCCUCACUAUUUAUAUUAUUAUAUACUAUAUGUAAUUUACCUUUUUUCUCUUUCCCUAACCUUGAAUGUUGCCAACUACUUGUAUCUAGAGACAAGAAACCACUUCCUGCCAUGUUGCUAAAACUUGUUAUGUGUAUAUGUCUAUAUUUUCUUUCAAAGAUGAAAUUUAAGUAGUAGGACUCAUUCAUUAGGUAUGGCUAUAAAGCAGAUUGACCUCAAUUGUUAAUUUUGCUUUCCAGGAAGAAUCACCUUUCAUUGCUUACCUGGGAAAUUUCUGAUUUGUGCGUCUAGCUGUGUAUGGCAAUUUACCAUUCAUAAUGCCUCAGCACUUACUGGUUAAUAUUUUCAGAAUUAAAUCCACUAAUUAGUGGAAACUCUUCUUUUCCAUUAACUCACCUAUUUAGGGGUGAUAUGAAAAUUGGAGAUUGCAGGUGUUUUGUACAUGGGAACACUUGUCUAUACUUAUUUAAUGAAGGCUUUAUUUUUUCUUUCAUUUUAUAUUAAAUGUGUACAGAGGAAAAUUUUUAUCAAGAAGUAAAGGUUGGGAUAGGCAUGGAAGGAAUAAUACCUCCUUUGUUUUAAAGGUGACAAUAUGCUCUGUUUUGUUGUUUACUGUUUCAUAAGUUUACUUCAGUCUCCUUGUCCUGAAUAGUACCUACUAAAUGGUACAAUUGUAUUGCUGUUUGCUGACCAGGGUAAUGUUGAAAUAAGAGGAGGAAUUAUCAAGUAGAUAUGAGAUUAGACUUGUUAUUUUCAUUUAUUCUCUCCUUUGAAUACGAUCUGUUAAAUAAUUCCUAGUUGGGAGAAAGGGUAUUGAUUUUCUCAUGUAUUCUAAGGAAUGUGUAUAUACUCUAUUACACAGUCUUAGGGUUUUAACCCCUACAAAUUUAUAUUACUCUGUAGGGAUAGGAGGGCUCCAGGUUUUAAGAGGCCUAAACCUUAUAUAAUCUAGGAGUCUUAUUUAGGAGAAAGAAUACAACAUUAUGAAUAAAAAUCAACUAUUGCUUUAUAAUGAAGAAGAGUUUCACAACAAAUUAAAAAUUUAUGAAAGCUGGCAAAUACAAACAAUACAAAAUCUAGAACUAGAGCGUUAUUUAUAAAAUACCCAGUGCACUUUCUUUCCCAUCUUAGUUGAUUGCGUACUCUUUGAUCAACUCUUUCUUUGACAGCGGUUUUUUUUAUAUCACAUUCUAUAGAAAGAAUAAAAAGACAAUCCAGGCUUUCCUUAAACUAUAUACAUAUAUUCCACUAAACCUAAGCUAAAUGUAUCCCUGAUACAACUUCCCUUUAUCUGCAUAGCAAAAUACCAAAGGCCACUCCAGCUUACCUGACCCAAGGGAAAGUGUGACGGUUGGUAAAUUGGAAGGGAAAGAGGGGACUUAACAGACUGUGGCUAAAAUAUAUGAUCAUCUGAGUACACUGACAUAGCCUCUCCAGGACUUUGGAAGAGGCCCAGGCAAUUGAAGGCCUUGAAGCUUAAGCUUCAUUUGUUUCAUAAUUAAUUCUCCUCUGAGGGACAAAGGUACAUUGACCCUUCCUCUCACCAACAAAAAGACACAUCAUAUUAUCCAUAUGUUUUCCUCUCCUGAAGACUCCUAAUUAUUAGAUGACAUCGGUAUGCUAAGAUAAGGAUAAGAAGAAAUGGUUUUCAUUAAAAAAUAAUGACUGUAGCCAAUAUUUUUAAAGGCUUACUUGCUCUUUAAACUAGAUGUUUAACCAAGAUCUGUUGCAUACCACAUAUUAAGUGUAAAUUCCCAGUAGACCCAUAGGAAGAACUGUAAAAAUAUUCAUGAAUUAUUUACUCACAUAUUUCAAACAGGCUGAAUGGGUGUUUGUUUUUAUCUAACAGGUUAUGUUUUGAUUAUAGUCUAGUGACCUUGAACUUAUGAAACUUUUUAUCUUACACAAGUACAUUUUAAUUUCAUAAGUCUUUUAUUUUAUAUUAGGGAGACAAAAUCAAUCAACACAUAAAUACAGAAAUUGCUCUAAAUCUUAAAAUAUGCCUUCAACAAAAAUGAAUCCAUUGAAAUUAAAUUAUAAAGAAAGAAGUAAAUUAUUAAUGGCCUAUUUUUCUCCCCUGAUUAGUAAGUCAUACUUAGCUACAAUAGUGUUGGUACCCUGGACUUUGAAGAAUGCCCUGGCUGGCACCAGUGUUAAGUGCAAAAAGGCUGUAUAUGAUUGUAGCUACCCUCAACAGAAAUCCUACUCCCUACUGAGAGCAUGAGGGAUCCCAGAAUAUGAACUUGCAAGUUAGAAUAGUUUUUGCAAUUCUGGCACAACUACUUGCUAGCUGUGUUAAUUUUAGGUGAAUUAAUCCACUUUCCCUAACUUCAGCUUUUUCUCUGUAAAUGAGAAUAUGUACCUCAUAGGACAGUUGUGAGACCAAUUCAGAGUAAUAAAGUACAUAGCUCUCCUUCUGACACAUUAUGGCCCUUGAGAAAUGUUCUUUUCUUGCUUUUCUCCCUGUUUCCUUUCCAAGUGUUUCCUUUCCUUUAUGACAUCUUUUGUCAUAAAUCACUUUAUUUUCAUUCAGCAAAUACUUGGGGUCCGAUACUGUGUGUGGGUAUUUUGCCAAGUGCAGAGGAUUUACAAAGCUGGUUAAGAGGUGGUGCCCCACCCCAGAAGCUCAUACCAUCGUGGAGGCCAGAAAAACUGAGUGGAGUGUAAUAUGAUAAACGUGGCCACGGGGUGUUCAGAAUGUUCAGAAUGAGAGGUCCAUUCUUUGCUGUGUGACUGAGGUCUGUCGUGCUUUUAAUUUCCAAGCAUCCCAUUUUGGGAGGCAUCAUUUCAUGCAUUUCUAUUUCAGUAUGUCCAUCUUGUGUUUCUGUUACCUGACCCUUUGAGAGUCCCUCACUUUAAUUCUCCACACUGAGGCUGAUGUCUGCUUCUAUUCACUCCUCUCCAGGCAGGAGGCGAUCGAGAUCGAAUGACAGCAAAUCAUGAGAGCUACCUUCUCAUGGCGAGCACCCAGAAUGAUAUGGAAGACUGGGUGAAGUCUAUCCGCCGAGUCAUAUGGGGACCUUUCGGCGGGGGCAUUUUUGGACAGAAACUGGAAGACACUGUCCGCUACGAGAAGAGAUAUGGGAACCGUCUGGCCCCGAUGCUGGUGGAGCAGUGUGUGGACUUUAUCCGACAAAGGGGGCUGAAAGAAGAGGGUCUCUUUCGACUGCCAGGCCAGGCUAAUCUUGUUAAGGAGCUCCAGGAUGCCUUUGACUGCGGAGAGAAGCCAUCAUUUGACAGCAACACAGAUGUACACACAGUGGCAUCGCUUCUUAAAUUGUACCUCCGGGAGCUUCCAGAACCAGUUAUUCCUUACGCAAAGUAUGAAGACUUUUUGUCAUGUGCCAAGCUGCUGAGCAAGGAGGAGGAAGCAGGUGUUAAGGAAUUAGCAAAGCAGGUGAAGAGCUUGCCAGUGGUCAAUUACAACCUCCUCAAGUAUAUUUGCAGGUUCUUGGAUGAAGUACAGUCCUAUUCUGGAGUUAACAAAAUGAGUGUGCAGAACCUGGCAACUGUCUUUGGUCCUAAUAUCCUGCGACCCAAAGUAGAAGAUCCUUUGACUAUCAUGGAGGGCACGGUGGUGGUCCGGCAGCUGAUGUCGGUGAUGAUCAGCGGGCACGAGCGCCUCUUCCCGAAGGACGCGGAGCCGCAGAGCAACAACAACGACGACGCCGCGAGGAAGGCCGGCGUGGGCCAGGCGCAGAACAAGGAGAACAACAACACCACGGACGGCCCUGGCAGGCGGUGCUCCUGGGACAGGCCCGAGUCGCCGCAGAGGGGCGGCCUGGACAACGGGCCAGCCGCGGCCGCGCCCGGCAGCAAGGGCAGCAGCCCGAGGAGCAGCGCGCACCAGCCGGACGCCUGCAGGAGCCCCCCUCUCACGGUCAAGAAGAACCCGGCCUUCAGCAAGGGCAGCGGCAUCGUCACCAACGGCUCCUUCAGCAGCAGCAGCGCCGCCGAAGGUCUGGAGCGCACCCAGGCCACCCCCAACGGGAGCCUGCAGGCCCGCAGGACCUCCUCGCUGAAGGGGCCGGGCACCAAGAUGGGCACGCACAGCGUGCAGAACGGAGCGUCGCGCGCGGGGGCGCUGGCCGCCGACGCGCUGGGGAGCCCCGCCGGCGGCCGGGGCCUGGGCUGGCUGCCCAACGGCUGCGUGACGCUGCGGGACAGCAGGCCGAAGGAGCAGGCCGGGGAGUCGGGCCAGCACCACAGGCUGUCCACCUACGACAACGUGCACCAGCAGUUCUGCACGCCGAGCCUCGACGACAAGCAGAGCGUGGACAGCGCCACCUGGUCCACGUCCUCCUGCGAAAUCUCCCUCCCCGACAACUCCAACUCCUGCCGCUCCUCCACCACCACCUGCCCCGAGCAAGACUUCUACGGCGGGAGCUUCGAGGACCCGCUUCUGGACGGGCCCCCGCAGGACGAGCCGGCCCGCGCCGGGGACUGCGAGGGCAGGGCCGAGCGGCGCAGCGUGGGCGGCCGCAGCAGCCGCGCCACCAGCAGCAGCGACAACAGCGAGACGUUCGUGGGGACCGCGGCCGGCAGCCACAGCGCCCUGCACAGCCUGGUGUCCAGCCUGAAGCAGGAGAUGACCAAGCAGAAGGUGGAGUACGAGUCCCGGAUAAAGAGCUUAGAACAACGAAACUUGACUUUGGAAACGGAAAUGAUGAGCCUCCACGAUGAACUAGAUCAAGAGAGGAAAAAGUUUACAAUGAUAGAAAUCAAAAUGAGAAAUGCUGAGCGAGCAAAAGAAGACGCUGAGAAAAGAAAUGACAUGCUACAGAAGGAAAUGGAGCAGUUCUUUUCCACGUUUGGGGAGCUGACGGUGGAGCCCAGGAGAACGGAGCGAGGAAACACAAUAUGGAUCCAGUGAGCCUGCUCCCCCGCUGUCUCCGAAGGCCGGGGCAGAACUCUGGGGACUGUGGUGGGAUGGUACAUGGGAUCGGGUGGCUGGUCACCUGGCUGUACAGAGCUCUAAAGUCCAUUUCCAGACAUCAACCAUCCAUAGCCGCGAUGUGUACCAAAGUUAUAUCAUGCCUCAUAAUGCUACUGUCAAGUGUUACAACUGGAUAUGUGUAUAUAGAGUAGUUUUUAAACCAUAAACUAAAAAUGAGAAGCAUAUUGCAAGAAUUAUUUUAUUGCAAGUCUUGUAUUUAAAAUGUUAAAUCGAUACGUUGUUGCAAUUUAGCUUGCUUUCAAGCUUCACCUCUUGCACUUAACAUGAGCUAUUUUUGGCAUUGUGUUAUCAUCAGCUUAUUUUAUAGAUCAAUAUUUUUAUUUCCCUUUUUGCUGAAGAAAUGAAGAUAAGCAGAAAUAUAAAUAUAUAGAGAUAUAUAUAAGAUGAGUUAUUAAAAUCAAAAGAAAGAUACUUUGUGGCUGUGCUAUUUGUGCCGAUUGACCUUGCCAUGACCAAAAAGAGAGAUGUAAAUAGUUUUAUAAAAUACAGUAGAAUCACCAGGAGCCUUUGAACUGCUCUUUCAGUUCUUCUUCCCUUGGCACUUCUCAGCUUUGUUUUGUGAGAUGAUUGGAUGUAGAAAUUUUGAAGCUGCGUAAGAAAAGCCCCCACCUCGAGCCCCCUGCCUGCACUACCAGACCCUUGGAUGUGUAUCUUCUAUGCAGGAAGCUCCUUACAGGGGAAAAAUGGUACAGAAUGGCAUUUUACCAGCCAUGCCUUGAAUCGCCGUGUCCUGACUGCUAGAUGGGUAUUAGAGGAAUUCUUCCUGCGGUUGGGAAGUUGGGAAACAACACGUUUAACCCAUGCCUGUAGGAGCACCUGUCCCCCACCUGAAACCUCUCCCUGCCCCUCAGCAGUUGCACUUGGGAAUACCAGCAAUGGCGUGGCAUCACCGUGUCCCUCUCAGUGAAACUGCUACAGUGUGUACCAUACGGUGACAUUUUCCUCUCACUAAGGCUGUUGCAAUCUGGGGUUCUUUCUGCACCAUAGCUGGGAAAGUGGCUUGCAGCAAGAGGAGGAUGGCGGGUGGGGGUGGGACAUGCAGUUUGGGAGGAGGACCAGAAGGAGGAAGAGAAAAGUUUGGAGGAAACAAACUAUUUUGCUUUGAAUUUUGACAAUAUCAUCCUUCCCUGUUAAAAACAUGUUCAUUCACAAUAAUUUUAAAUCAUGAAUGUUUGAAGGUCCAAUUUUGACAAAUGUGAACAUCAGUAAUGCUAACUUUUUAGAAAAACCCAAGGCUCUCUGGAGCUAGAGUUUUGGAAGAACAAUUCUUCAUACUAUAACAAAAAAGCCACAAAAGGCAUAAUUGGAAAUAAAGACUAUAUACUUGA